UGUUUGUUAUUUUCAUAUAAAUUGGGAUUGUUUAAGCGCAAUAAACAACUCUUGAUUUAAUGAAAAUAUGUAAUGUUCUUUUAUGUGAAUAGAUUACAAUUCUUAUGCUUGAGUAGUUCAAGGAGACCUGCAAAAUAUUUUCAUCAUUAGACGUUAAAGUUUAUUAAAGUGUAUCAAAUGUUCUUCAUGAAUACUUUGUGCAUGGGAGUUAGAAUGAAAGAAAGAUUCACUCUUUUAUAAACUUUUUCAUCUUUUGGAAUCAUUAUUUGAGCGCUUGAGAAGGAGAGAAAGAUAGAUCCGAAUUUCGGGGCCUGGAAUUUUGAAUCUUUAACCUCAUUCUUACGGGUGUCGUCUCGCACAAGUGUGGGAUAGCAUCGCCGUCGGAACAGAUCAAGAACCGUCUUCGAUCUGUACAUGCAUCGCUGGCAGCAAGAUUUUGGAUCGAGGAGGAGAUGCAGAUGGUCCUCUCGAAGCACAAGGAGAUACCGCCGCUGGAGUGGCAAACAUAGUCGUCGAUCUGACGCUCCGCUUUGCCUCCAGAUUGGAGCCUCUGCUCUGCCUCGUCCCUAUCUAGACUCUAGAUAAGGAGCGAUCCUAGAUCACAGAUUGGAGUCUCGCUGCUGACCGCGGCUGGUCGCCUCACCGCUGACCGCUGCUGGUCGUCUAACUGCUGACCGCCACUGGUCAUUUCACAGUGAACCGCCGCUGGUAGCCUCCCUGGCUUAACACUAUUGGUCGUCUCAUCGCUGACCACAGUGGCUCGCCUCAAAGCUGAUCGCCGUUGGUCGCUUUACUGCUGACCGCCACAGAUCGUUGAGCCAGCCUCUGGGUUGCAAAACUUCCAAUUGUCACUGUUGAAGAUCGGAUCUGGUAGAGCUCCAUAUGGAUGAUGGUGCCGCUAAUAUGUAAUCACGCACUUUCAUAUCACAUGUUGGAGAAAUUUGACAUUUCGGGCUGCUCUAAGAAUGGUCGCGGGUCGCCUCAUUGCCGCUGGUCGCCUCGUCUCUGACCGUUGCGGGUUGCCUCGUCGUUGACUGCUCCGGGUCGCCUCGUCGCAUCUCCAAGGGCUAUUUGUCCCAGCAGAAUUCUUGGGCAGCCGUUGGACAAAGGGUCGAAAUCGGGUUUGUGCAGCGGUCUCAUCUUCGAGCCGGAAAGGAUGGCGGUGAAGGCAAAGCGCCACCCGUUGCUGAUCAUCAAUAUGUCGUCGUCGUCCAAGGGCAGGGGGUUGUGGGAACGUGUGGGCCUUAGUGGCGUACCCAGCAGCGACAGCUCUCUGUUCCGGUGCAUGGCCGGCGACUGCGGGUUGUCGGUGUGGUACGAGAAAGACACAUGGAUGACACAUUUUUUAAUUCAGAAUUUCAAGAAAGCUGCGCUCCAAUUCCCUCUUCUCUUCACGGUGGAGAAAUUGACCACCAUGGAGACGACCGCCACUGCCUCCGCCGCCGUAGUCAGAAAAUGUGGAGUUGCCGCCGAAUGGGAGGUGGCGCCGCCGGACCGGGUCAAUUUGGUGUUCCAAGAUUUGAUUUUUGGCAAGGUGAAUUGUGGAAUCUUCGUCUCUAUUUCUUGAUGAAUCAAUCUGUUUCUUGAUGAUUUGCGGCUCUUCAAGAUAAUGAUGAUAUUUGGUCCCAGCAGAAUUUUUGGGCGGCCAUCGGACAAAGGGUCGAAAUCGGGUUUGUGCAGCUAUCUCAUCUUCGAGCUAGAAAAGGACAACAACGAAGGCAAAGCAUGAGCUGAUCAUCAAUAUGGCAUCGUCGUCCAAUGGUGGGGGGCUGUGGGAACGUGUGGGCUUUGGUGGCGUAACCAGCAGCAGCUCUCUGUUUGG